GCUACAAGAUGCGGAAGAGCCGGACCCGUGGAGGCUCCCAUUUAUGAAGCGUGGGAGGCAAAAGAAGCAGCAGGUUAUAGAAUUCAGUUUGAGCUCCGUCGGGUUCCGCAGGUCAUUAGAGCCAAUAAGAGAAAGAAACAGCGCCGCAGUGGCGUAGAGGGCCAAUCCCUUUUCCGAGUUCUGAAGGAGGGCGGGGACCAGGGAGCGAAAACCGCCAUCCCUCCGCUGAGGGGCCCCAGGGGGUGGGGGGGUCCUGGAGCAUGGCGGACCGGACCGAGACUCUGAGUAUGUGGAGGUGGAACUGCCGAGGCCUCCUGGCCAGCUGUCAAGCCCUCAUUGCCAGCGCUGCAAAGGCAGCCACAAUAACUGUAGCUGAGCCGCGCUUGAGGUCCUAGGCGGGAAACAAAUGACAGCAUGAGUUCUGCGGCCGCCUAGUUUACUCCCUUUUCUACUGUGUCUUCCUCUUCCACAUACUCCAUUCUCCUCUUUUCCCGUCCCUGUGCUCCUCUUUCCGCUAACCUUGGUCUUCCUUUCCCACUUCGGUCCUCUUCCAUUUAUCCAAUGCCCUGCAUUUCCAUCUAUCCUUUAUUAACCCCGGUGCCUCAUUUUCCUUCUCCCGCCUUUGUCUUUCCUCCAUCAUCUUUUUCAUCCUGUCACCCUCCCAACACUAACUCUGCAUCCUCCUCCGUCCCCGACUCCCCCUCCCAACACACACACACACACACACACACACACACACACACACACACAUCCUUCCUCUUCUGCAUCCUCCUCUCCUACUUUUCUCCGCCCUCGCGCCCAAGCCUCCGCCCAUUAGCCCCCGCCCCCAGCUGCCAGUCCUCAGCAGCUCAGUCCUGCAGUGAGUCCAUAGCAAAGCACUCAGAGCUGAACACUGCUAACUGUGCGGUCUAGCAAGUCUCCGAAUGGCUCAGGAGAAAAUGGAGCUGGAUUUUGAGGCUGACACAUCUGAUGGGGGCACCAUGAGACGGUCCAACAGUGCUCCCCUGAUCCAUGUGCUCAGUGACCUUUCACAGGUUUUUGAGCCAUAUCCACUUAGAACUCGGAGGAACAGUACAACAAUUAUGAGCCAUCAUAGCUUGGAAGAAGGCCUGGAUAUGAUGAACAGAGAAACUUCAAAUGAAAGGGAAGCACAAGCAGGGAUGCAGAUAAGCCAGUCAUGGGAUGAAAGCUUGAGCCUGAGUGACAGUGAUUUUGACAAGCCAGAGAAAUUGUAUUCUCCAAAGAGAAUUGACUUCACUCCAGUUUCUCCAGCGCCUUCCCCAACCAGAGGAUUUGGAAAGCCAUGCUUUUCGCCCUCCUUGCAAAUGUUUGUGGGUAGCAGUGGUACACCAUCAAGUCCUGUUUCGGAUCCAAGACAAUUUUCAAGCAGGAGGAGUCAGAGUCCAGUCAAGUGCAUUAGGCCCAGUGUUCUUGCUCCUCUUAAGAGAAAAGGGGAAAUGGAGACAGAAAGCCAGCCUAAGAGACUCUUUCAAGGCUCUACCAACAUGCUGUCUACAGAUGCUGCCCGACUGUCUGCUCUCAGUUCAUGUUCUGAUAUUUUGGAUGGCAGUAGUGUCAGCAGUCGCUUGUCCUCAGACUCACUGGCCACAGGCAGCGUUCCCGCAGAGUCUCCAGUAGCAUGCUCCACUUCAUGCUCUUCGUUCAUCUUGAUGGAUGAUCUCUCACCCAAGUGACUUAUCCAUUUCUGAUUCAGUGUUCUAACUAUUUCCCACAUAAACCAUUCAGUGAGGAAUGUGGAGAACUUUGAUCCACAAUGGGGAUUAAAGUUUGGCAGAUUGAAACCAUUCUGAUGCUCAUUUCUGGGCAUUUCUCCUCUAAAGUUCAAUUUUGCAAGCAUAGUCACCUUACUAACAUUCGUUUGGGCUGACCUCAUUUUAUGUUUGAUGACUAAAUCUCAAAUACACAUUUUUGAUUGCUUGGAGGAUUUUUUUCCCUAGUGCUUCAAAGAGCACCUACCUUCAUGCACUUAAGGGAAACACCAAAGCAUAUUUUCUAUGAUUUUUCUUUUCCCUAGCAGUAACAUAACAGAGUUGAUCAGAAAUUCUCUUGCUUGAGAGAUUUAUAAAAAUUCUCUGUUGACUACAUACUUUCCCAUCUCUUUAUUUCACAGUAAUCUUCAAAUUGCUUUUGAUUACAUCAAAUUUUCAUUUUUUUUUUUUCUGCAUCAGCUUUAAAGUACAUUGUUUUGUUUCCCUUGCCUGUUUGAGCUGCUUCCUUGCCAUUUCUCACAGAGGGGAAGAAACCCAUAGUCGCUUCCAUCACCACCCUUAUUGCUUCUUUGCUGUUGGGAUGUAUGCAGUGAAGACUGCUUUUAGAGUGGAGAAUGUCAAUGGACUUAGAGGAUGCCUACAUUAAUCACCUCAGGUUCUUAGGACUUAGCUACCACAGUUGCUGUCUCCCUCCCCAAACUUGGUACCCUAAGGAAUAUAUAAAAUAUUGUUGAUAUUUCUAGGUGGUGUUAUCAAGGAGAAGAAAUUCCUGCCUUGACCAGAUGUGUGGAGCAUCUCCAAAUGAACGAAUAGUUAUUUACACAAACCACUGUACAAAAGCAAGUGUUCAUGAAGCUGUCAAUGUCUCGGGUAGUAUUAUGAGGCCUUGGGUGCCUUGGGGUACAUUGCUGUCCUGUAGGGGACGUGUAUCAUAGGGUGUUGUGGAAGUGGAAGCUUUAUGUGAGUGCUGUCUUGUUUGAUUUUUUUUUUUUUUCUGAUUCCUUUUUUUGUCAUUGAGUUUGUUUUGUCAUGUAGUGACCUGGUGUUUUUGGUUAUUGUGUUGUGCUAGAGUCAGAACCGAGUUCUUGUUCUUGUUGCCUUAUAGAGGGCAGUUUAAUAUCUGUAAGGAAGCUUUGAGGAGCUGAAAAAGUCAAUGCUACUGUGCCCUCUGCUUCCAGAAGUCUUUUGAGCUGUAAGCAGUGUAUGUGCAGUGUAACGUAAAAAUAUGCUGUCAUUUUUACCAGUGGAAACUCCUGACUAAGAUAUUUAAGAAAUCCAAGUGUGAUGUAUUGUGACAUUAUUUAUUAUUUAUUACACUAUGUAGAAUGUCUGUGUUGUUAUCUUCCUUUUAAUGUUCAACAUGGUAGAUGGACUAUUUGUGUUUAUAUUCACAUUUACGUGCUAGAAUCGUGAUAUUAAGUGACUGUAAGAAAAAAAACAGAAAGUGAUUAAACUUAAGUCUUUUGAAAUCUAAAAUCCUUGGAGGUGGUUUGAAGGCAUCUUCAGGCUAGAAGUUGGUGAGCUUACAGCAAAACCUCUCUUUUAAUCAUUAGAGACCAUCACUUAACUUGCAGCAGUUGCAUUAUAGAAUCAGACUUGUUCUUAAGUUUACAUUGUAAUCACUGUCAUAACAGCUAUUACUGGCUUUAGUUCCCAUGUUGCUUUAGCCUGUGAAAAGCUCAUAAUCCUUCAAACCUAGCGUAAAUGUGCUGUUAUAAGAACCGCCCACUUGUGUGCUAUUUUAAAGAAACAUUUCUUUGAUGGCACUUGGUAUAUACACUCUGUUAAUGAACCGUGUUCCAACAGCUUUAGCUUUCAUAAUAAUGAGAGAUGAGUUUGUCUUUUAGGAAAUGGUCUGCCUUCAUUCUUGUGUCUUAUUUGCCUCAAAGGGACACUUUUCAGUUCAAAUUUAACAUCCAAAUUUAGUACUGUUAAGAAGUAACCUUUGAAACGUGAUGAUAUUUAAAGUUAUGUUAAAAAUUCAGUGGCAAAGUAAAACCAGAGCAGCAAAUUGAAAUGGUGUGAUGAGAUCAAAGGGUCAGGAAGAUUCACUUUACAGUUUUAAGCCAACUUUUAUCAAUGAAUUUAAUUUAAUGUUCUAAACUUGUUCUUUUGCAGAUUUUAUACAUAUAUACAAUUCAUUCUGAUUUUUCUCACUCCCCACCUUCUCACAUAUCUCUCCUACCUCUGUCAAUUCCCACUUUCUCCUAUGAUUUUUUUUUGCCACAUUAUUGUCUUUUCUUUUGUAAACUAACCUUUUGUUAUGGUUGCCCCGUAUAUUGUUUAAAUGGACUAGAAAACUAAGUUUGAGCAGGGAUUGUUUUGAAAUAAACAAAAGAUAGGUAAUAUGCUAAUCCACAGAGCAGCUUUGUUGACAGUACCCCUUUAUUUUUAUAUAAAGUCUAAUAUUUGAAAUGUAGUUGUUGUUAUAAACUAAAAUUCUUUCUUCCUAUUCUCAUAUUAUAUCAUAUAUUUUAAGCUUCUAUUUGAAAACUACUACAAGAAAUGAAACCAUAAUAAAAUCCUAUAGAUCCUGGUUUUGCUUGACCGACUUAUAAAUCACUGUUUUAUGAUAACUGCUUUUGGAAUAAUAGAAAGUUUUGUGAAAUGUUGACCUAGUGUCUAUCUUAAGAAUGUGAAUUUAAUAAAGUAUAUAUACAUGUAU